CACACUGGAUAAGCACCAAAACAAAACCUCGCCAACCGGCUUUUCUUUUUAUUUAUUUUGCAAUAAUUUCCCCAGUUUUCCCCGCUCAAACAGCUUUUCACACGGAAACCCAACUUAACCAACUGGCUUCCUGCAUCGCCACAUCCUUGAAAUGAGCUAGCACGCAGUGGUCAGCGAAUCCGGAGUAAACAAGGAAAACCACCACAUCAUGGAGGACUUUGCCAGCAUAAAGCCGACCAGUUCGGUGGUCAAAUUGGCCGCCUGCCUGGAGAAGAUCUACACGAAAAUAGUGGAGAGUCGGGACAAGCAGGUGCCGGAGCACCAGAUCAAGGAAAUCGAGUUCCUCAAGUCGCAGUGCAAGCACGAACACAUGCAACUGAGCCUGAUGAGCUGUCAGACGCUGGUGCGGCUGGUGGACGAGGGCGCCUUGGAGGCCAAUGGAGUGCAGAACAGUUUGCUCUCCAUGCUGGCCAGUGCGGGACCCCUGCACUUUUCCAUCAUAACGGAAAGCGUUCUGGGUCUCCAGCUCCUUAACUUGAAGCGCAAGACGUCGCUGCUCAAAGAUCAGGAGUCCUACCAGUGCUCCUAUGGCCUGAAGACCCAGCAGCAUCCUCUGAUCUCGCUGCUCCAGCACUCGAGUGUGAACAUGCACGAUGUGAGCAACAAGAUCAUUGGCAUCUGUCAGCACCAUGACAAGGGCAUUCGGGACUAUAGUAUAGAGUACCUUCGUCCGGUGUUCCUAUACAUACUCUGCAAUCCUCAAACCCUGCACGAUGUUAAGCCCAUUUGGACUUGCCUCCUCAACCUUAGUGGCAAUCAACCAGAGGCUAGAGCUUUAAUGCAGGAGCUGCUGGCCUGGAGCAAGUUCAACAAUGCCAGCACCUGCUUGUGCACCAGCAUUCUGGUGAUUGAGGCCAUCGAUCACUUCCUCCAGCGCGAGGAUCACGCCCAAUCCAUAGAUCUGGCCAUCUAUCAGGCUUGUUUGAUAAAGCAACUGGCCAACUACGGCAUCGAUCCGCGUCCCAGCCUGCAAUGCUUGCUGCGAGUGCUCCAUGCCACGCGAGAGCACACCAAGGAUCACUACCAUGUGCUGCUCGUGCUCCUAUCGGAGGUGCUGCACGUUCUAUCGCCAUUCUAUUUGGCGGAUCUGCUGCGCAUCAUCGUUUUCGUGGUGGUACAGGAGCGCUGUGGCCAUGAAUACAUUCUGAACAUGUGUCUGGACGGCAUAAUCCAGUGGAUGUCUCAGACUGCAUUCAUACCCGCAGAGGGCUUGGCGUUGGCUCACCAGAUAGUGGACAGGGUGCUGGAUACCCAGAGAUCGGAGCAGGAUGGAGAGAGAAUAGCCACCAAGUUGCUAAAGCCUGCCCACAUGCGCAACUAUCAUCCGGACAUAGCAAUAGCCUUUGAUCUGGCCACUCUGGUGGAGUCGUUUGAUGCCUCUGAUAACCAGGAUGUGUUUGCGUUUGUAGAUGCCUUAAAUGUCAAGGCCAAUACGGCCUUCUGUCAGCGCUUGCAUCUGUUCCUUAGGGCUUUAUUCCUCUCAAGAGAGCCUCCAGUGGACUGCUGGUUCAAGAUCUAUGAGGUCAUCUUGCAGAUCAUCAAAGUGAACGAGGGCAUUGCCUAUGACUUCCUCAUGACGUAUAUCUUUAAGCUGGCCCACGAAAACAAUCCGGAGCUGCAACUGGAGCUAAUGAGGGGCUUGGCCAGCUUUGCAGUGUCCAAGGACAAUGUCCCCAUGAUACUCAACACCAUAAGGAAUCUGUCUGCUGAGAAUGGCACCUUUUGCGUGGAUUUGUAUCUGCGCUUGUGGCGUGUGGAAACGCGUACUUAUCCUUUUCUGUUAAAGCAAAUAGCGCAGCCUCUGCCGGAGGGCGACAAGCGCUGGGAACUGCAGAUAGCACGCACCCAUGCCAUGAGGGAAAUCUGUCAGGAAAAACCCUCUUUGCAUGGCUCGGAGCUGCUGCCUCAUCUUAGCAACACCCUCAACAACUGCUCUGAUGAGGCAGGUGAUCUAGCCACUGCCCUGGCCCUGGAUGCCAUCUAUGCCUUGUGCGAUAGCCACACCGUAAACAUAGCCUCCACCUGGCAGGCCUUGGGCAGUAAAUUCCGCAGUGAACAGCGUCCACAAACCCUUAAGUCGCUCUACAGAUUCUUUGGCCUUGUGCCGCUCCUGCAGACGCCCACAUUGGAGUACGAGAAGCUGGCGGACGAUGCUUUGGAACAGCUGUGGCAGGCCAUUAGUCGUCCUGGCACAGAUGCCGCACAGGUUCGGAAUUCCCUGGCUGCCUUGAAGAACUAUGAGCCGGGAACCACCCUCAAUCUACGCCACAUACCAGCCCAGUUUCGAUUUGAGAUUGUCGGAGGAGGUGUUAGUGUCCCAGGUGGCCGGGAGGUCCUAGAUCUCCAGCAGGAGACAGUGCCGGGUGAGGUGUGGGUGCAGCUGCUGCAGAAGAUACGUCCCGAGUGUGGAGAUGCAGCGGCAGAUCUGAUUUCCCAUCACAUAGGCAGCGAGAUUGAUGGCUUCCGGAGUGGAGUGUAUCGGUUGCCCGAGGGAAAACCAGAGCCACGCAAGCUGGUGGGUCUGUUCGCCACCAGUCCCCUUCGAGCGGUCACCAAUUAUGUGGUGAGCCAGGCUCGCUUUGGGGACUACGUGCCCGAGCCCUAUGCCGUGACCUUUGCUCUGCGUUCGCUGUCGAAGAAGUUCUCCAAGCCCAUUCCGCCACUCGACUGGAGCUGCCUCACGAGCUUCUUUCACCUGUCCUUUGAUGCCCGGAAGUACUGCAUAAUGAUAGCCAAGAAUCAGGCUUUGAACUCGCGCACAGCCAAGCGAUUGCUAGAGAACUUCCUGGUGGACUUUGAGCCCAACUGUUUUGAGGAGGAUCUCCUCCUACUCUUCUCGCUGCUGCCGGAGAUUGCCAACAGCGUGAGCUUGCAAAUCUUAAAGAACUUUGCCGAGAAAGUGGCUGUGUAUUGCUUCAAGGAAUCGCAACUCAACGACUUUGCAGAAGGCUGUCUCUUUGAGAAGUUCCUGGAGAGCGUCAAGUACAUUUUUACGGGAAAGUGCGACAUACCCGAGGUCCUCGAUGUCUUCACGCUGAUUGUGGAGCGCUACAUGGACUCAGUGAAUCUGGAUUCAAGGCUUUUCGAACGCUACACCGAGGUGGUGGCCACCCUGCAUCCAAAUGCUAUUGAUGGGCUGACCACGCCUGCUAACUGGUGGGAGACACCAGCUGGCAAACUCAAAAAGGCCACCAUUAUCAGAUGUUAUCUGGUGCUGUACAACGAGAAGCUGCCGAAUCCUUUGAAGUGGCUAACGCCCAUCAUAGAUGCCUAUGAAAAGCGGGAGGAGGAGCGAGCAUUCUUCUAUCGUCACCUGGCUGCCACACUGUAUGCCUUUGGAAGCGACGAACAUGCCUGCAACUGGAUAUCAGAGAUGUUCCUGGAGAUCCAGAUGCUGCUGGCCGAGGCCUCCAACAAGGAGAAGGUGAACCGGGCUCUGUAUCUGCUGGACAUCUUUAUGCUGGCGGUGGAUGUGCUCUCCGGCUGUGCAGUUCUGCUGGGCAGUGUGGAUGUGGUGGCCAAGGAUGACAAGCAGCGAUUGGCGCUCUUCCCGGAGAGCAUGCAGUACCUGUGCGAUCAUAUUUUCUGGAAGGAUCAGGAGGCCAAGGUCUACGAAUUCCUCUUUAACUUGUACAAACACACUUCCAUGCCCUCUUCCUAUGCCGAUGUGUUCAGGGAGGCCAUCAUUUGCUCCCGGAAUAAGCCAUAUUUUGACAACAAGGGCGUCUGGACCAAAUACGUAGGCCUGCGUAAAUAAGCACCAAUGACGAAUACACUCACCGCAUUUAACCCACGCCUCAAGUGCACUUGAAGGGUUAAGCCCACACUAUACCGUCAAUGUUAGUCAAUUUUUGAUAGCAAACAGCAAUCUUUGUUAUUUAUAUGUGUUUCAAAUUUGAACUAUUAUAUUAAAGGCAUUUUUGCGCACACAAUUUAAUUUUAGAAUUAAAUAGAAAUAUUUUUGCAGUGUAUUACAA